UAACACUUAUUAAUUAUUCAGUUCGCUUCUGCAUUUCAUAACGUCAAACAGGCACAUCGAUCUUGGUUCAAAAAUGUUCAAACCUAAAGUUAUAUUGUUUUUUCUGUUAGUUACUCUCAGAUUGAGUAAUGGACAAAAUUUCCUUGGAGACUCCAUAGAAUUUAAUGCGCCUGAAAACUAUGAUGACUGGGAAGCCGAAAAUAUAUACAAUGAUAUAUGGGAUGAAGAGGAUCAGAUAUUUUCUGAACAAAAGUCAACUCAAAAUAUGCUCCAAAUGAUAUGUACGGAUUACGAUUUAAUAUACAUUGGUAAAUUGAUCGAUUGUGAAAAUAUCAAAAUUAAACACAAAAAAUUGGAUUUCACAAAGAAUCAUCAAAUCGGUAAAAGAGAAGUUAGUGAAGAUAAUCUGGAAGAAGGUUCCGGAGAUGACGCAGGUUUAGAAGACGAAGAAGACAUAGCGGAAAACGACAAUUUACCUUCUAAAACCCAAUUACUUUCGUUAGAACCAAGUGUGGAAACAAAACCAGAAGAGCUUCAAAAAUUAGAUGCUAAAUCAGAACAGGAACCACAAGAUGUAGAGUCUUUAGAUGAUAAGGAACCGAAUCUCGAUAAAGAUGAUUUACAAACGGUUAAUGCUGUCGAAAACGCAAAAGCAACCCAAGACGCUCAGUCAUUGAUUACACCAGCUCAAGAAAACAAUGACUCUGUUGAUUUAGAACAAAUAGUACCAAAAUCUGAACAAGAAAAAGAUGAUAGCAAAAAAUCAUUUAAAACUCAAUCAUUGAUCGUUCCAGAAAAAGCAGAAUCAGCUCCUGAUAUGCCUGAAGAAGACGAAAAAAUAGAAUCCCCGGAAGUGAAAUCCCCAAAUUUACAGCCACCACAAGAAGAAAAAGUAGAAGAUACACAAAACGUUGAAGCAGAAAAACUCGAACCAAGCCAAGACGAAUCACCUAAAGUUGAGCAAAAUGAGAACGUACAACCAAUUCAAGAACCUAAAUCAGUCGAUUCCUCAGUUGCCGAUGCUCAAGAGAAUAUUAGUUCUGUUUCCUCAGAUAAUAUUGAACCGAAAGGCGUAGAAUCAACCACAGCAAAUGGAAAACAAGAGGAAACAAUAGAAAAAUCGGAAAAAGAAAUUAAUAAUAAUAAAUCAUCAUUUGAAACUCAAUCUUUAAAAAUUCCAGAAACACCAGAAGCAAGUACAAAACUAGGGGAAACAUUCCCUGAAGAGAAAUCACAAAAUGUAGAACCUCUACAAGAAGAAAAAAUCGAAGAAACUCAAGACGUUGAACCUUCAGAAAAACCAGGACUAACCCAAGAAGAUUUACCUAAAGUUGAACCGAUUGAUAACUUACAACCAAUUCAAGAAGCUAAAUCAGUCGGACCUUUGGAUGCUGAUGCUCAAGAAAACAAUAAAUCAUCGUUUGAAACUCAAUCACUGAAUAUUCUGGAAAUUCCAGAAUCCGUUUCAAAGGAUACGCAUAAACCUGAAGAAACUAAGGAAGCAGCACCAACUCCUAAACCUGAAGAAGCGAAAACCGAAGGAGCAAAAGAAGAAAAACCUAAAACGCAGGAAGUGACAAAUCCUCAAGAGCCAAUUGUGAAAACAUCUAUCAAAGAUGAUAAAUCUAAAUCAAGUGAAACAGCAGUAAAAGUUGAAGAAAGUGAGAAUAAAAAAGAAGGUCAAGAAGAGAUUAACCCGCUUCAAAGUGGAAUUGCGAUUUUUAAAACUAACGCUAACAUGGAAGAUACAGAUAAGCAGUUGGCAAAAAGUAAAUCCAACGAAAGCAUUAAGUCUACAGCAACUGAUGCAGAAGAACCAAAAUCUGGAGCAAGUGAAACCCAAGAGACAAGUAAAAAGAAUAAUACUUUGCUGUUUGUAAUAUUUGGAGCAGUUUUAGUAGUAGGUGCAGCAGCUUUUGGUUAUAAUUUUUAUAAGAAAAGAAGCAACAGAGCUGUGGCAGUUAGUACCACGGAAAAUGGUACUUCGAGAACGGAUCCUGAGGAAGGUCGCGAGAUGAAACCUUUAAUGAAAUCACCCGAAGAGAAUAAUUCUGUUGAAUAUAAAGAUGAAAAAUGAUGUUAAACUAAAGAUUACGAGUGAACUUAGAUUUUUUGACAUUUUAAGUUGUGAGUUUUCACAUACAUUUUACCAUAGACUGUUUUUAUACAUAAUUUCUAGAUAGCUUAUUAAAAAGUGCAGAAGGUUUUAUUAGAAUUUUUUUGUUUACUUCAAAAAUACUUUGAGGACUUGCGUUAUUAGAAUGAUAAUUACCCCUGGACAAAAUUAACAUUAAAUAAUGAGUUGUCAUCGAGUGUAUUUACUUCUAGUUUCAUAUAAAUCAUUUCCCUUUUUUCUGGAAAUGGAAACAGUAAGUUUAGAAAAUGAAACACCAGUUUUAAACGAAAUAAUUUAGUCGCCAAUUGUAUUUUCUUCUAUUUCCUCGACAUAAGUUGUUAUUAUUCUUUUUCUUACUUUAUAGCAGAGCUGUGAUUCAAGUCAUUGUUAACAACAAGUGUUUAGAGUUGCUCUAAAUUCUUGUUUUUAAUGUUUGAAAUAAAUCUCAAGUGAAUUAAGAGAAAUACACUUUUAAGUUGAUUGAUAAGAUGAUUCAUCUUAUCUAAUUUAUUUCUACUUCACGUCACUGAUACUCAUCCUUUUCGGUAAUUCCAUUUUUAAAAUUUUCAGUAGAAUUACAACACUAAUAUUUUUUGUCAUAUCUAUUUCUCAAAAUAUAUUAAAAAAAAUGAGAAUUUACCACUUGAAAAUAUGUUAGUCAUAAAUUUUUUAUAUGUUAAUUUUGAUCAGAUUAGGAAAACAUGAAAAUAUUUCUAAUAAGUGUAAUUUAUUUAAUUAUUUUUUAUGAACAAAAAAAGAUUAAAGUUCAGAUACAUUCCUUUAUUGUUUUUUUAAUUAUUUACAUUAUAUUAGGUGUACGAAAUAAGGUUAGUUCUUAUUUCCUGUCACUUGUCUUUUAUCUAUACAAGUUGCAGGCAUUUUUAAUAUUUAAUAGAUUGCAUUGGAGGAGGAGGUAAGUGGACAUGAAUUUUGGAUGAUUUUGACGUCACGAAAUAACAAAAAAAUACAUUGUUCUUACAGUGAACUGACCUUAACGUUCAGCAAACAUAUAUAAACCUAAAGAAAGCAUUUAAUAUGGAACUAG